AUGGUAGCAGCUUCCAACGUUGUGCUGCUUUGCAGUCUUGGCGGCAUUGCAGCAGCAGCCGCUGCAAACUCUUCUUCAUUCCGCCCAUUUCCAAUCCGGGAUGGUUGUACAGCUCUAGCGAGCGUCUUCCCCAAGGAUGUCGCCUAUCCUAACUCCACGGCAUACAUUCAAUCGACUGGAUACUGGUCCAAUCAGCAAGAGGAAACCCAACCACGAUGCUUCGUGGAGCCCAAGAAUACCGAAACACUAUCGUCAAUCAUGAAGAUUUUGACUCAAGGAAACUAUCGCUUCACAGUGAAAGGUGGAGGGCACAAUCCUGUCGCAGGAAGCUCUAGCAUUGUGGAUGGCGUUACGAUCGAUUUGGUGCAUCUCAACAACGUCACUGUAUCUGCAGAUCGUUCGAUGGUCUCUGUUGGCCCCGGAAAUCGAUGGGGCAACGUCACCGAUAUCAUCCAGCCUAUGGGCCUUGCUGUCGUAGGAGGCCGAGACUUGAACGUUGGAGUUUCGGGUCUCCUGAUUGGCGGUGGGAUCUCAUUCUUCUCUGGCGUCUACGGCUGGGCAUGCGACAACGUUCUUGGCUAUGAAGUCUUGCUUGCAUCUGGAAAUCUGGUCUACGCAUCGCCAGAGCAGAACAAUGACCUGUACUGGGCGCUCAGAGGUGGAGCUGGACUCAAUUUCGGCAUUGUCACUCGCUUCGAUCUUUUCGCCUUUGAGCAGGGAGAUAUCUGGGCUAACAAUCUCGGCUUUCCUGGCAGCUCUAAUGCGACUGUCGUUUCCACAUUCCAGAACCUCACUAUUAACGGUAUGCCCAAAGAACUGGGUUCAACGGCAUAUGUCGGCAUCAAUUAUGAUACAGCUACCAGCCAGUACACCACUAACGUCGGCCUCUUGAACGCCACAGUCCCAUCGCCGCCAACCAGUAUUCCUGCUGUUUAUGAACCAUUUCAGCGCAUUCCCGGAGCGACGUACAACACCACCGUCGCCGCUCCCGUAACGACAUUCCUCAAGACCACUUCCACGCCCUACGGUGGUCGUUGGACGUGGUCUAAUGUCGUGGUCAAAGCAUCGUUCCCACCGGCAUUCUUUGCAGAGACUAUGGCUCUUUUCGAGUCGCGCAACAAUGGCCUUUUCCGUGAUGCGAAGGAAGACAGCGUUCAACCGGGUGCCCUCGUUCAGCCUAUUCCCACAAAUGUACUCGAGCGAAUGAAGAGGAACGGCGGGAACACAUUCGGUCUCAAGGCUGAGGAUGGUGCUUUGAUUAUGAUCUCGUUCCCCACGUUGUGGCACAACGCCAAGAACGAUGACUUAGUCUAUUCUGCUACUACAAAGCUUGUUGCCGAUCUCGAAGAUGUGGCUCGGAAGCACAACGUCUACACCCCCUUUGUCUACCUGAACUAUGCUGGCGUCGAUCAGCAAGUCCUAAAGGGUUACGGGCGAGAGAACUAUCAGCGACUCAAGAGCAUUGCACGAAAGUACGACCCUGAAGGUAAGCUGAUACGACUGUGGCAGGGGUACUUCAAGCUCGGUGGCCGACGCUAA